AUGUACAUCGAGAUCGUGUUUGUGUCGUGUGACCGCAACCAGGAACAAUUCGACGAGUACUGGGGCGACUACGUGACGUUUCCAGCCCUUCCAUACGAAACCCGCUCAACCAAAACCGACUUGGGCAAGAGAUUUGGCAUCAAGUUCAUCCCCACACUCAUAUUUCUCGAUGCCGAGACCAAGGAAAUCAUUACACGGUCCGGCGUCGAUAUCGUCGAAGGCGGUGUCGACGGACAGGAUUAUGUUGCCAGUGCUCGUGACGUUCUUGGCUUGGAGGCUGCUGUACCUUGA